AAGUGGGAAAUACAGGCAGAGGCAGAGGAAGGAACGGAGGGUAGAAAAGCCAUGGCGUCUUCAAAGCCACUGUUUUUCUUCCCAAUCCCGGCCCUCCUUAUAGCCAUCUUCCUGCUCUUGAAUUGUUCUUCAUUCACGCGGGCAGCUUCACUAUUAACAGACGAGAGUAGGGAUAGAGAAAGACAAGGAGAACGAAGCGGUGAAGCAACAAGAGGACGCCUAUUGCAGCAGAGUUUCAGGGAAACCCCGGAGGGGACUAACGCUACUUUUGAUUGUUCUCCAUCUGGGCCCUGUGUUGCCUGCCUCUACUCCGAAAAGAGUGAUGACAAGUACCAUUGCAGUGAGACUGGAUAUCGCAUCCCAUUCAAAUGUAUUGAAAAUCAACAUGGUCCAAAGGUGGCAGAGAACACAAAAUCCAAGAAAACACGAUCUCUUUUGGAGAGCUCCUACAAUGAAAAGGAAACCCAUGAAAUGUUGCCGGAUGCAGAUGAACAUAGUUCUUCACUAAUCCAUAGAAGAUUUUUGGGUGACUCAUCCAAGUCGGAGGGUGGGAAACAAGCUUAUAUCACUUACAGGAGCUGUAAACCAAAAAUAAAUGAAGAAAGGUUGUCAGUGCUUGGUUUUGAGGGUAUUAUGUUAUGUUUGUUGUUUGUAAGUGGUUCAUUUGUACACUUCAGACGUAAACGGACUGUUGCCAUGCCUGGUACUGGACCAGUAAGAAUACAAACCAUCUCUAGAUUCUGAGUCGGUAGACACAAUCCUUCCAGGCAGACAUCCUCGUGCAAAGCCAUUUGUUAUUAAAGAAUUUACGAAGGAAUGAUGUCGAGAGCAUCACCAUGGAAGAAGCUGUGACUGUGUGGUUCUCUUAGCUUUCUUCAUCCAUUUCAGUAUAUGUUCACCAUUUUGGCACAGAACUUUUUCCUUCAACCUUUUUCUCUUCUGUAUUUUUUGCACACUUUUUGAUUUCUUACUUCAAGAAAGGCAUAUGUUUACGUCGAUAUUCUCUGUAAGCCAAC